ACAGAGAAGAUCUACCAGCCCUCAGCAGCAGCAGAGUCAAGAUUUCAGCAGAGAGAUAAACAAACCCAUAGCAAAGCUGAAGAAGAACAAUGAAGAUUUUUUUACUUUUACUCUCCGUGAUAGGCAGAAGUAGUCAGCUAGUGUUGAACGACUGUGGGUCGGAAGCAAGACGGCCGCAGGUUAGCGACAUCGCAGUGCAGUGCGGCACUUCAUCCAUUGGUUUGGCGAUUCAAAUCUGCCCUGUCAUCUACACUGGCUACAAUGAGACUCUGCUGAUCCUGAACCACAUGUUGGAACCGACCUGUAGAGCAACCCUUGAUGAGUCUGUGAAUCCACCUGUUGCCCGCUUUAACUUCCCACUAAAUAUGACCCAUGCCUGUGGAAGCAUAUUCAGGACCACCAGUGCUGCUGGGACCGGUAUCUUCUCUGACUUCUCCAACAUCCAGACGGUCAACAUCAGUGGUGUUGUUAGGUCUAUCGAUCCGACAACAGGCACGAUCACUUACAACGCUGAGCUGAAGUACUACUACUCCUGUGCCUAUCCCCUAGAGUAUCUGAUCAACAACACCCAGGUCGAUGUGUCGGCUUCAUCCAUUGCAAUCAAGGACAACAAUGGUAGUUUCAUCAGCACCUUGAGUAUGGAGCUGUUCACUGACUCCAACUACACCCGACCGCUGGUCAUGCCACAGCUUGGGAUUGAACUGAGGACCAGCGUGUAUGUUGAGGUCAAGGCCACCAACUUGACAGGGCAGUACCACGUCCUGCUGGACCGGUGCUACGCCUCCAUCUCCCCACUGCCCUCUAACUCCAGCUUCUUCAACCUGUUCGUCCCCUGCUCAAAGGAUCAGUUCACCACCAUGAUUGAGAACGGAGACAGCCAGAGCGCCCGCUUCUACUUCCCCGCCUUCCGCUUCAUCGAGCAGCAGAACGAGACUGUGUCCACCUACUACCUCCACUGCAUCACCCGGCUGUGUGAGAAAAGCACCUGCAGCACAUUCAAGCAGUGCAACAACAGAAGGAAGAGGAGCCCCCUGGACACAUCUGCUGAUGGUAUAGCCCAGACCUACACCAUCAGCUCUUCAGAGAUCGUCACCAAAACCGACACCAACGAAUCCAAAGAGAAGCCCCUUUCUGCCGGAGAAGACAACGACUCUGCUGUCGGGCUCGGUGUGGCUGUUGGCAUCCUUGCCUUUGUUUCCCUUGUUGCCCUAUGUGUUGCAGCUGUGUUUUACAAAAGGCUUAGGAACUAAGGAGGCAUCCAUGCUCUUAAAUGCAGAGUACUGGCCUCAGACCUACGGGUCACACACUUAUUGAGGUGUACUGUAUCUGUGCGCUUGUUUUACUUCUCUGGUGGAGGACAGCCGAUCAUUGCAUCUGUUGGAAGAUCUUUGUGUGUCCGUUACUGUAGCUCUAACUGUGUAUCAGUCCUGGAAACAUAGAUGGGAGAGCGGAGCAUCUUUAGAGGAUUCAGUAGAUUUUGUUAGUGUUAAAAAUGACCUGUUUCCCAAAUGGAAAGAAAAGCUAUAAGUGUUAAUGCAUGUCCGCACUUUGUAAGCUUUGACAAAAAAAAUAAAAUAACAAUAAUAAUAGAGAAAGAAAAUGGUAACUGGAGGGAAAAUUAAAAAAAAAAAAGCAUCACAGAAAUCCCAGUCUUUAUAUGUGGAUUGUUAGGUGUGUGGGGUAUUUUGAAAGUGAAGUCAAAGUACCUUUCAAAGUAUUAUGUCUAAUUUAUUGAAUUCCUCUCAUUUGCUUUUGAGCAAAUAAAACUAUGAAACUGAAAAUGCUACACUGCCUGAAACAAGAAUCUGUGUUUUUCAUUGAUUUACUAUAAUUCACCUUUACACCAGUCCAUUAAUCAAGUCCACAAAGCACCUUGGGCCCCACCACCUUUGUGUUAAUCACCUGCAAACACACUCAUGUCAUUAUUUCACUAAUGAAAUACUGAAGUGUGGGAACAGUGUGUUGUCUCAUGAAGUGCCAUUUCAAGAAAGUGACUGAAGAACAAACUGUUUUCCUUGUUUGUUAACCAUUUUGUGAUUUGUCUUCAUUUCUCUGCAUUCAUCUGCAUGAUAUAAGCUAGUGAAAAUAAAAAUAAAUGGAUCAACU